GCUGCCUGCGCCAACCCGACUGAGGGCAGCAUUAUUCUGCUUGAGAACCUUCGUUUUCACGUCGAAGAGGAGGGUAAGGGCAAGGAUGCCGAGGGCAACAAGACCAAGGCGUCGUCUGAGGCUGUGGCAGCUUUCCGCGCCUCGCUGAGCAAGCUUGGCGACGUGUACGUCAACGACGCGUUCGGUACGGCCCACCGCGCUCACAGCUCCAUGGUGGGCGUGGAUCUCCCUAUUAAGGCCGCUGGCUUUCUGCUGGACAAGGAGCUAGUGUACUUCGCCAAGGCUCUGGACGCCCCUCAGCGCCCCUUCGUGUCGAUUCUGGGUGGUGCCAAGGUUGCUGACAAGAUCCAGCUCAUCAUGAAUAUGCUGGACAAGGUGGACGAGAUGGUCAUCGGUGGCGGCAUGGCCUACACGUUCAAGAAGGUGAUCAACAACAUGGAGAUCGGUGGAUCGCUGUACGACGAGGAAGGCGCCAAGAUCGUGCCUCAGAUCGUGGAGAAGGCCAAGGCCAAGGGCGUGACGCUUCACCUGCCUGUGGACUUCGUCAUCGCCGACAAGUUCGCCGCGGAUGCUGCUACGAAGAUCUCGACGGAAGAGGAGGGCAUCCCUGCUGGCUGGAUGGGUCUGGACGUCGGCCCCAAGUCGCAGGAAGCGUUCAGCGCCGCUGUGGCGAAGGCCAAGACCGUCGUCUGGAACGGACCCAUGGGCGUGUUCGAGUUCGAUGCUUUUGCUGACGGCACGAAAGUUGUCAUGGACGCUGUGGUCAAGGCCACCGAGUCGGGCGCCACUACGAUCAUUGGCGGCGGCGACACGGCCACGUGCUGCGUCAAGUUCAACACGGAGGACAAGGUCUCUCAUGUGAGCACGGGCGGCGGUGCCAGUCUGGAGCUUCUGGAGGGCAAGAUUCUGCCUGGUGUGGACGCCCUGUCCUCGGCGUGAAUUGCACGGUCAUCCGAUCCUAUCAGGAGCGGGCUGUAGUAA